AUGUUCGAUGGGCUCCCUCACAGCGCUCACAGCAUCAUCAACAAUGAUGAAUGGCAUGGUGGCUCCAUUGUGAGGCUGGAUAGCGCUCUUUGCAGGCCAGCCGCUGCCGAUGUGGCCAUCAACUACCACAUGCUCAAGCCUGUCAUCACUCAUUCUCCAGACAAGGUGUGCAGUGGAUACUUUCUGACAGAUUGCCUGCUAGCCUUGGAUGACUUGUUCCAGGGCAAGAUGUUGGUGGGUGCGUCUGGCAGCAAGCUUGACAUGGCUGCCGAGGAGGCUGUGAAGUUGAAGAAAUUGAUGGGGGCAGUGCGCGCGUUGUGGAGAUCGAGCCCUUCGGGCCAGCAUCCACGAGCUGGUUCUGAUGAUGAUGCGGAUGACGGCGACAGCGGCGCCAAGUCUUCAGAAGAUGAGGCGCCCAGUGAGGAUGAAGGCGUGGCUCCUGUUGGCGAUGUUGCUCCCAACGACCCUGGCGACAAAGCUCCCAACACCCCAGGCGACGCUGACUCUUUGAGCGGUAGUGAUGUGGCCAUGGAAGACGCAGAUGUGGACCUCAGGGAUUCUCAGCGGCCAGACGCAUGGAUGUCUGAAGCCUAUCAGGCACUUUGCUUGGAGGACACGCUUGAGAAGACGCCCGUGCCUUUGGAAGUUCUUUUUGAGUGGAUGGUCGACCGGCGACCAUCUGGCAAGGACUACAAGGGCACCUUCACGAAGCAGGAUGUAAGGGAUCCUCUCUUCGAAGAUUACCUCUACUUUUGCGUGAAAGCACGGAGCGAAGAAGGGGAGACGCCAUCAACUUUAGCUUUUGGCACUGCAAAGCACUGGCGCUUCUACCGCACAGCCAAGCUUGGUGAGGAGGAGUUGCCGUCGCCCAUCGACGACGAGGACGCCAUUACAGUGUAUGGGAAGAAGUCGGUUCGUCUACCCUAUGGUUUUCAUGCCACCAAAGAGCUCCUCUCCCAUGAGAUUGCUAUCCCAGGUAAACAGCACGCUCCAUCCACUAAGAAGAGGAGCAAGGCGGCGAAGGGCAAGGCUGUCAGCAAGGUGUCUAAGGACCACCUCAAAGAGGUCUGCGCUGGAACCUUCAAGACCUACAAUCUCAAGACAUUGGGAAUCCCCAAAGAAGCCUGGUGCACGGUCGACAAAGAGUACAAGGGUAAGCGUGGCUAUACAAUGGUUUCUGAGAAGACGAACGCGGCCAUUGAGGUGUUGCUCAACAAGAAAGCUUACUACGUCAAGCGCUGUGGGAAUGGGGCCGCUGAAGGGGCCAAGGGUCAAGUCAGUUGGUCACUGCACAAUGGCCCUAAGGAAGCGUGGGAGGUGGCAAAGAAGAAAGCUCACUAUGAGUAG